CAAAAAGGAAAUGGCACAAGAGCGAAAAAUGAUGGCUCUGCAGAUACUGAAAGAAUCAGUGUUUGAUGAGACCAAUCACUGUUCCAUGUGCGCACAGAAAGAGCCAAUUGGAAGCAGGCAACAUGUGACAAAGUGGAUCCAGUGUGACCGCUGCAAGAGGUGGUACCAUGAGAAGUGCCUGGGCAUGACUAAGAAAAAGCUGAGAUGGGCCAGAGUCAAUGAUUGGGACUGCGUUUUCUGCUGUUAAAUCU